ACGAAGACCCUGUAACUGAAGCUGAUAGAGCUAGUUAGCAGUUGCUGGUUAACUAGUUAAACACGUUAAGAUAUACAAUAUCAACCAGCUAGUUAACUAAGUGAAAGUGCACGCAAUGACUAAGGACUGAGUCCUCGCGGGGUUUUGUGGCCGGUGAGCGCGAGAUGACCGUCCGCUUCAAGUGUAGAAGUGAAUACCAGAAGAAGAACUACAGGAAGUCCCGCUCCAGGAGUGUCUCUCCUCAGCGCUGCAUCCCGUUGGCCGGCCUGCGCUCAGACCAGAUGGGUAUCUGCAGAGAGCCAUGUUUCCAGCGGAGGAGGAGGUUUGCUCAGUCCUGCAGCUCUCUGCUCUGCCCUCCAGAUCCUCGAGCUGACCAUAAAACAGCCCCCCCUGCUGCAUCCAGGAGUCGCUCUGCCCCCAGGAAGGAGCCAAAUAUUCCAACACCUGGAGCUGACCCUGGACCUCCAGCAGCACCCCCACUUGCUGCAGACCCCCGCCCAUCAGGAGAACCAGCAGGAGAACCUGCAAAGCAUCGCCUCCUUAAGGCUGACAGCCAAUCACAGCCAAGCCAACCUGACGGACAGCAGCCAGCAGCUAAUGAGGUUAAUCAUGCUCUGCGGUGGAGGGCGGGGCUCCGGUCAGGAGGUCAGAGGUCAGAGUACCACAGGCAGUUCAGCUGGAAGAAAUCUGCAGCUGCUGCUUCGCCCAUACUGACCGCAGAGCAGGUGCUCCACAGCAGCAGGUCUGUGCCGCCCUUUAAGAAACACUCCGUUCCCCUGGAAACUGAAUAUCGCCGCAGCUUCCUCGGUCUGGCUCCGCCCCCCGAGCCCCGUCUCCAGAAACACCUGCAGCAUCACACACACAAGACCAACAAGAAGAGUAGGGAGGAGCCAGAGAGGAAGCCCCGCCCCAAACAGGACAUAUCCUCCCCUCACAAACAGGAUGCCCCGCCUCCUCCUCCUCCUCAGGUGCACAGAGGACACAGGAUCCCGGAGAGAAACGGACCCUUGGACAGUGACCCCCGACAGGUGGAGGCGUUGCGGCGGCAGGCGCUGGCGUACCGGCGGCGAGCGUGGGGAUCCAACUUCUGCAGAGACCACCUGAGCCAGCUGCUGUCGGAUCACAACGCUCUGUGGGAGGCAGCGGACACCACCUCUGACCCCUCCACCCCUCACCAUCUGACCUCUGACCCCCCUCACAGCCACUGCUCUACACCUGUGGAGGCUCUGGACCUCAACAGUAACUCCAGUCAGAGGUCGUCAGGGACAACUCCUCGGAGUCCUGACAGACGUUCGGCCUGGGGAGAGGAAGAGGAAGAGGAAACAGACGAGGAGGAGGGAAGGUUACCGACUCCGAGGCUGAAGAUACGACCGACUCAGAGAACUCACCAUGAUCUCACCACACCUGCCACCGGAGGCGCUAUACUGGUGGGAAAACCGAGGAGUGGUGACAAACAGAUGUGUGGCUCCUCUGUUUCCAUGGCAGCAGGGGCGGAGACCGCAGUUGCCGUGCCGAUCACCCCAAAGGAGGCGUGGUCUGAACAUAACUCCGUCCAUUCCAAAUCAUCUGCCCAUUCCCCCGACAACAGGCCACCUGUCAGUCCUGCCUCUAAACCAAUCAGGACAAAGCAGAAUUCGCCACCUCCUGCAGCCCCGCCCCCUCUGGUCCCGCCCCCUCAGCACUACAUCCAGGGCACUCUGAGGACCGCCGACUUCCAGCACAACGGUGAGGCAUAACUGGGUCUGAGGUUCAGAGAGCAGCAGUGUUCAGGAGGCUGCUGCCAUGAAGACGACCGUCUGUCCGUGAUGUCGUGGCGUUCGGCGGCGUCCUGCUCGGCGGCGUCGGCCGUCCUUCAGCGAGCUCAGAGACGAGAGAGCUUCUGGGGCAAGAGAUGACCUCUGACCCCCCCCCACAGCUGAGUCUGAUAACAUUAUUAUGGGAUUGAUUUAAAUAUCAUGUAUUUUUUUAGGGGCUGAUAAUCACGCUGUGUUUGGUGAGUCAUAGAUGUUUUUUGUCAUCUUAAGAAUUUAAGUAUUAUGUUUAUGUAGGAAUUAUGUUGCUUAUUCCUUAAAAAAGUCACAAAAGUGACAAAAACUCAAAGUAUUGUUGCUUUAAAAUCAUUACAGAUGGAUUAGAAUCCAUGCAAAUCUUAAAUAUUUGAGAUCAAGUUACUAAAGUACAAGUAAAAGAAGUAUUCUAGUACUUUAUUUUAGUAAAAGUAUUGAAACAAUAAUGUCAAAAUACUCCAUUAGAGGUAAAAGUCCUGCAUUCUCUCAAGAGGGGACUCUUUGAAGUAGAGACGCUACAUACUGAUAUACACCUGAACAUCAGCAGGAGAGGACUCUUUAAAGUAGAGACACUACAUACUGAUAUACACCUGAACAUCAGCAGGAGAGGACUCUUUGAAGUAGAGACACUACAUACUGAUAUACACCUGAACAUCAGCAGGAGAGGACUCUUUAAAGUAGAGACACUACAUACUGAUAUACACCUGAACAUCAGCAGGAGAGGACUCUUUAAAGUAGAGACUCUACAUACUGAUAUACACCUGAACAUCAGCAGGAGAGGACUCUUUAAAGUAGAGACUCUACAUACUGAUAUACACCUGAACAUCAGCAGGAGAGGACUCUUUAAAGUAGAGACACUACAUACUGAUAUACACCUGAACAUCAGCAGGAGAGGACUCUUUAAAGUAGAGACUCUACAUACUGAUAUACACCUGAACAUCAGCAGGAGAGGACUCUUUAAAGUAGAGACACUACAUACUGAUAUACACCUGAACAUCAGCAGGAGAGGACUCUUUAAAGUAGAGACUCUACAUACUGAUAUACACCUGAACAUCAGCAGGAGAGGACUCUUUAAAGUAGAGACUCUACAUACUGAUAUACACCUGAACCUCAGCAGGAGAGGACUCUUUAAAGUAGAGACUCUACAUACUGAUAUACACCUGAACAUCAGCAGGAGAGGACUCUUUAAAGUAGAGACACUACAUACUGAUAUACACCUGAACAUCAGCAGGAGAGGACUCUUUAAAGUAGAGACACUACAUACUGAUACACACCUGAACAUCAGCAGGAGAGGACUCUUUAAAGUAGAGACACUACAUACUGAUAUACACCUGAACAUCAGCAGGAGAGGACUCUUUAAAGUAGAGACGCUACAUACUGAUAUGAACCUGAACAUCAGCAGGAGAGGACUCUUUAAAGUAGAGACUCUACAUACUGAUAUACACCUGAACAUCAGCAGGAGAGGACUCUUUAAAGUAGAGACUCUACAUACUGAUAUACACCUGAACAUCAGCAGGAGAGGACUCUUUAAAGUAGAGACUCUACAUACUGAUAUACACCUGAACAUCAGCAGGAGAGGACUCUUUAAGAUAAGGGGGUUUGUUUGUUUGUUGGAAGAGGAAGUGUAAACUCUCCCGCUGAAGGAAUGGCGUUUGACAGGUCUUCAGAAACUCUCCGUAUCUCCUCGUGUGUCUUUCCGCAGCUCGGUGACUCUCUUCUUCUGCUGCAGGUUUUCCAACAUCCCGCUGCACCCCCAGCAGAUACCUGUUUCUAGUUAUCUAAGACACAUUUACAAAAACCCUCCUGUGGGUUAAAGCUUAAAACAUUUCCCGCUUAGAAUUCUGCAUCCAGGGUAUUUUUAUCAGACUUUAAAUGUGUCAUAUGUGUGGGUUUAUUUGAUACAGAAUACAUUAGGAUGCUUUUAUUUGUUUAAAUAAUUUGGUAUUUAGUGAUUUUUUUCCCAUUUGUAUGUUUUAUGUGUUUAUUUUUUCAAAAUAAAAUCAACUCUGUAAAAUGUAGAUAAGCAGUACAUUCAGAUUAGUUCUUGACUAUAACUUUUAUAUUUCUAGAUAUGUUUCCUACCAGAAAUGUCUUUAAAAUAGUUAUUAUGAAAAUAAAAUAAGAAUAUCUGGAUUUUUUUUGUAAAUCAUUUAUUGAUACGGUAAAUGUUGUGCACUGAUCAGCUCUGCAUCAGGUCUCCUCGACCCCUCAGCGCCUCACCUACUGCGAGUCCUUCACCCUUUCACACCUCAUGCAUGCAGAGCAGCACCACUUGCUCUAGGGAAGCUAACACUCACACACACGCACACACGCGCACCCACAGACCGUUGGCCAUCGGGAACAGCUCAGGGUUCAGUAUCUCGCCCAAGGACACAUCCACAUGUUGACUGCAGGGGCUGGGAUCGAACCAGCAACCAGCUGGUGGAAAUAGGACCGCACUCCCUCAGCCUGUGGCUGUCCACUAAAGGGACAAAUAUGAACCUUUUUUAUAUAUUUAUAUAUUUUUCAGAGUUUUUGCUUUAGUAAAGGCUUUGAACUUUCAUUCAAACUUUAUAUUUUCAACCCUGACAACAUAACCGUUCCAUUAUUGCCCUUCAAAAUAAAAGCCCUCAAAGUAUAGUUUUUCAUAUCUGUUGUUCAUUUGCCCAGCUGUAUUUACAUAAUUACAGUAUAUAUAAACGUACUGCACUUCCUGUGCAGUGUCGUCCUGUCGCCUCUGUCUGAAUACUUAAAGGUAAACACUGAACGCAGCCAUCGCUUCCUCCUCUUACCCGGCAACGACCCGCGCUACUUCAAUAUUAUUUAACGCUGUUCAAACAUCCAGGUCUGAACUUUACUAAGCAGCUGACCGGGGUUUCCCCCCUGCAUGUAGAGAACAAACAACUUAAUUAACCCAACGGGGGAAUUACUUGAUCUCCUCUGCUGUGUUUGUACAGAAGAUAAACACGCACAACACAAACACAAACACAUGCAGCGAGGAGAGGUGGCGGAGCAGGGAGACUACCAGUCCACACACUGGUCCGAUCGGGGCUUGAACCGGCGGCCCUUUGGUUCAUAGGGCAACAAACCCAGCCACUGCCGGCCCAAUCAAAGCAAACGUCUCUGAAAUCCAUUGUGACCUCUGUUAGUGGCAUUUAUUCACCUGCAGUGUAUGCAUCACAAUAACAUUCGUAAUGUUUCCUAAAACCCUCUCUGGAUUAACCUCCAAACUUCCAGCAACUCUCUUCAGGCCCGUUGUGUCGGCGGUGCUUCCUCUCAUUGUUGACCCGGUCUCGAACGUCCCACGCGUUGCAACAUCACUUCCUUCUUGUUGUGACGCACAGGUGAUGAGACACCUGAUUUCAUUCAUGAGUUUAAGAAACAGACAAAAAUGAAUAUGCAAAAUCAGCAGCAGCUGUGGGAGGAUGAAGGGGAAAGUAGUUCCUACGAGCAAAUCAGAACGAGACUUAAUCCAGAAUGAGUUUCAUCCUAUAGGCGUUCAUCUGUAUCACUACUACUGAAGAGGAUGUGACAUUGUUUUCAAAAUUUGACCUAAAAGGGAUUUUAUUUGACUCACUUUUUCUAUUUGCUUCUGUACAUUUCUAUUAAAUUGACCAUAAGUUAGCAUUACAUAACAUCUCAUUUGCAUAUUAAACAGAUCAUUUCAGAACUCUUGAAACACGAACACAAGUUGUCUUAGUGUCUGUCAUGAAGAGGGGGGGUUUCAUGUUGAUAUCUUUGGUUUAAAUCUCUAACCCAAUUCAGCUGAAGUGCUUCCCCCUUACUUUGAGCUUAUUGAUGCCUUUCAUCCGGCUUCUGAUCCACACACCCUCGUCCAGCACAAUGCAACGAUGGAGUUAGAAAAGCACCCGGACACCUGAUCCUUCACCGAUUCACCAGGGAGGAUAAUACGCCAGGAAAAUCCUGACAGGAAAAGACUGGCCAAGCGAAAUGACGGGAAAACUCCAAAGACUGCAGCCAACUUCAGAUCUGAGAGGCGUCUCUUAUUGUUGAUUUCAAAUCUUCCCUCGGGGGCUUUUACCUGCAGACACGACGCCGGUUUUCACAGUUUUUCCGAUGAUAAAGGGCUUUAGAUCCUGCUGCGGUUUGUCCGGUAUUCCCUUAUUUUUGUCUGAAAUUAUUUGCCAGAAAAGGGCCACGAUAAUGACUCCUAAACCCGGAGAUAAUAAGUUUUGGACCCCUGGUGGUCUUACAUAUGAUUAGUUUUUGCUUUAUAAAAUAAUGUAUAUUGCUAAUCAGUAAAUACCUCUGACUAAUGACGUUAGCUGACGUGAUGAAGGGCUUUCAAUCCUGAUGAAUCCCUUUUAUUUUCCCAAAAAGUGACCCCCAAAUACCGAUAGUUAUUCAGCAUUUCAGUUUUGUUUUCUAAACUUCGAAGGGUUUUUGAAUAGUUGUUUUGGUUUAUGAGAUAAGGUCUGUGGUUACUACAAGUAACAACCUGAAACACAUGAUCUACCUCUAAGUGACGAGCUGAGCUGGUGUUAGUGAUGAAUGCUGGAUCUUAACUUUUGCAGAUACGUCCUGAAAAAUCCUUACUGAGAAAUGAAAUGUUGGGUAUUUAAUAUGAAAAUACAGAGCUUAUUUUCACCUUUAGGGCUUUAACUCCUGCUCGUAGACAAUCAGUCCUAAAACCCGGAAAUAAUUUAGCUUCUUUUUUUGCAUUUCCGUUUCUCUUGUCUAAAAUUCAAUGGGUUUUUUAAUUGGUUUUUGGUUUCUGAAAUAAGGUCUGUGGUUUAUACAAGGUAUAACAUAAAGUGCAUCUGUAAAUAAUCCUGACUCUGAGUGAACCUCUGAUAAAUAUCAGCUGAAUUGGUUGUGAAAGCUAAUAUGGAAACAUUGCAUUUUUGGAUAUUGAAUUAAAUUAAAGGACUUUUUCUGUUAGAAAAAAAGACAGUAAGGUAUAUUAUCUGUAUUUAUAUCAAAUGCUGUGCUGCUGUUUGAGUAAUGCCUUUAGAUAUUCUAUGAUUGUAUUCUGGUAUUAAUGUUUCUCAGUCACUCGUGUUUCUAAAUACAUUUGGUUGACGAGUCUCGCCGCUAAAACACGAAUAACUGAUUUACUUCAUGUUGGUUUAGUUCCAGCAACAGCAAACAUAACGUCCACUUCACCUCGUUAUCGUUGCCAUUUUUAAUGCGUAUGAUUAAAAAGUAAUUACGCUGUUGAGUAAUAAGUGUUGCAUCAUCUGAUUUAACCUACGAUCAUCGGAUCUGAGCCGAGCCGGUUUAACAAGGUUGUUGUUUUUUCUGAGGGAAGUUCACCUUAGCCACACUUAAUUUCCUCUUUGUGUUAGUGACAUACAAAUUGCACUAGCUCAGCAGUGACCUCCCUGUGUGUGUGUGUGUGUGUGUGUGUGUGUGUGUGUGUGUGUGUGUGUGUGUGUGUGUGUGUGUGUGUAUAUGUGUGUGUGUGUGUGUGUGUGUGUGUGUGUGUGUGUGUGUGUGUGUGUGUGUGUGUGUGUGUGUGUGUGUGUAUGUAUAUAUGUGUGUGUGUGUGUGUGUGUGUGUGUAUGUGUGUGUGUGUGUGUGUGUGUGUGUGUAUGUGUGUGUGUUUCUUGGGGUUUUUUGGAUGGUUACCUGUCCUAUAUUUCUGAAAGGUGGGCGGAGGACUGAUCUGUAUAAAGAGACAGAGCACAGAGUCGUCUUCACACUUCAUCU